UAAAUUCAAUAAUUCAAUUUCCAAUAAUUCCAAUUCUCUGUGCGGUGAUCAAAUCAUGACUUCAAUCUAAUGUACCAUAUGCGCGCCGCAUAGUGUAUUCACAUAGGGAUACACAGUAAUGGGAACAAACGGCAACGGCCGUCGUGGAGGUACAAAACUGACUGACUUACGCCGCCCCAUGGAAGAGGGAGAUUGCGUGAACGACAUGGAGAGUCCGGAGCUGGACUUCGUGUACGACGACUGCGACUCGCAGGCCAACGAGAUCGCCGAGCUGUACAGCUACACGGAGCAUCCCGAGUUCCAGCUCAACGUGAAGGCGUUCGAGGACGUGAUGGAGGAGUUCGGGUUCCCGCCGAGCUGGGGCCGGCUGGCGCGCGGGCAGCAGGCGGCCGUGGUGGAGCGCCUGCUGGAGCAGCUGGACGUGGCGCUGGCGGGCGUGCGGCUGCGCGCGGCGCGCUGCGUGCUGUACCUGGCGCAGGGCUGCUGGGCCGAGGCGCAGUCCGACGCCGAGCAGCAGCGCGCCGCCCGCGCCAACAUCAUGCAGCUCUACGAGAUGGGCGUCUUCACCGCGUUUGUCGAACUACUCAACCUCGAAAUUGUUAGGAGUAGCUCGGCCAAUGCUUCCAGGAAGCUGGCUGAAACUCUAGCCGAGUCUACCAACUUGAAGGUGUCUACUAACUUGAGAGUGAUUUUGUCUGUGCUCUAUUUGAUAACUGAACACAUGAGAACUGAAAAGGAUAAGCCUGAUUCAGAAUAUGCUGACUUGGUAAAGAAUUUCAAGGAGGAGCUCGGGACACCAUUUGGAGAUGAACUGUUGCCGGUGAAGCUGCUGAGCAUGGUGGCCCACCUGUGCGCCGGCACCACGCCACACUUUCCUAUGAAGAAAGUACUGUUGUUGCUGUGGAAAAUUUUGCUAGUCUUCCUUGGAGGAUCAAAAGAACUCAAAGCUAGGAAAGCAUAUCUCCGUGAAAAGGCUGGGCUGCCACCCUUAUCAGAAGAUACACUAGAAAUAAUUAAAGGGAUGAGAGCCAGCUCACCCCCUCCCAGUGCAGCAGAUAUGCUGGAAAAUCAAAACCCAGCUCAAAGGAAGAUGAAAGAAUCUGAAAGAGCUCUAAGAAGACAAACUUUCAUGAAGCAAACAUCAUUGGAUGAAUCAGAUGAACAAAUUUAUGUUGAUAAGGAGGAAACUGGAAAUGGUUCUGAGGAUUAUUCAAUGGAAUUUCAGGAUAUAAACAAUACACAAAAUCCCAACAACUGUGCCUACUACAUGUACUUCAAACAGUUUGACAGCCCUCCACCCCCACCGCCACUCCCGAGAAGCCUGCCAUGGCAGUCCAAAGUACGCCAGAGAGAUAUUGACAUGUUCCUAGAAAUUGUAAGAGUAAAGUUUGUGGGGUACUCUCUUCCUGGUGACCGCUCAACUAUUGCUGGGCUGCCACAGCCCAUACAUGAAGGUAUAGAAAUACUGAAAAAACACAUGUACACAAGUUUGUCAGAGCUGCAAAUAGACAGGGAAAUGGAAAUAGCUCGUAGUCCACUCACCAGGGGAGAGAAGGAAGUGGAGGAGACCGAGGCGGAGAUCCUGUACAAGGCCAUGCUCCCCAACCUGCCGCAGUACAUGAUUGCUCUCCUGAAGAUCCUGCUGGCGGCCGCACCCACCUCCACCGCCAAGAACUACUCCAUCAACAUCAUGGCAGACAUAUUACCAGAGGAAAUGCCCAUGACAGUCCUACAGUCACUGAAACUAGGCAUUGACAUCAACAGACACAAGGAAAUCAUUGUAAAGGCAGUCACAGCAAUACUAUUGCUCUUACUAAAGCAUUUCAAACUAAAUCACAUCUACCAGUUUGAGUUCAUGUCCCAGCAUCUAGUAUAUGCCAACUGUAUGCCAUUGGUGUUAAAGUUCUUCAACCAAAACCCCUUACCGUAUGUUGGCGCCAAAAACAAUAUUCCAAUUUUCGAUUUCCCAGCUUGUGUUAUUGGGGAACAGCCAGAGUUAACUAAAGAAUGCUUAGACAUUGGAGAGACAGGUGUCCCAUACUCUUGGAGAAAUGUAUUUUCCUGCAUCAACCUUUUGAGAAUCCUGAACAAACUGACCAAAUGGAAGAAUGCUAGGAUCAUGAUGCUGGUUGUGUUCAAGAGUGCGCCAAUAUUAAAGCGCACACUGAAGGUGAGGCAUGCUUUGAUGCAGUUUUAUGUAUUGAAGCUACUAAAAAUGCAGACUAAAUAUUUGGGUAGACAGUGGAGGAAAACGAAUAUGAAGACCAUCAGUGCAAUCUACUCUAAGGUCCGCCAUAGGCUUAAUGACGACUGGGCGUUUGGGAACGACGUCGACGCGCGGCCCUGGGACUUCCAGGACGAGGAGUGUGCUCUGAGGCUGAACGUGGACCGGUUCAACUCGCGGCGGUAUGGCACUGGCGCGGAGCAGGAGCUGGACCUCACCCCGGUGGAUACUGAUCUCAACAGCAUCAUGGAGACCUGCGCGGACCUCGAGGAGGAGUUCAAGGACAACUACGAGUUGUGGCUCGAUCAAGAAGUGUAUAACAAUGAAAUCAACUGGGAUGUGCUAAUAACAGCUUAGAGCUUCACACUGUUUUUAUACAUAUUUUACUUUUGUUUAAAAACUUACUAAAAUCUAACAAUUAUAGCUAUUAUAUGCAUUAUGUUAAGCAUGUUAGGAUCGUAUAGUUGCGUUGUGUGUAGAAAAAGUAGAUUCAUGAUCAUGUUAUUUAUACCUAUUAUGAAUUUAUUAUACAUAGCAUUAACCUUUGUGAAAGUAGGAAGUUAUUUCAUAAUUUUAACAGAUUUUAGGAUUAUACAUAGGUACAUAUUCCUACUUGUGUGUGGUGAUAAAGCAAUCUCUACGAAUAAAUUACUUAUAUGUGAACCAAAAACUCA